AUGGUCUGCGAUGCUUGUCUAGGCCCGGUCCACAAAAUCACAAGCUUCGCUCUCGCUCAUGACGAAGAAGGCGAUUUUUCGGCAUCAGAUGUCAAGAAAGACAACGCUCCCAGCCGGGAAGACCUGAAAGAUGAAUCUAGCCCGGAAGAAUUCGAGCGCUCCCUCACGCUGGGAUGUUUUCCUUGCAAUGAGCUUGGUGAAGAGGUUGGUGAAAGAGACGAUGACGCUUUGAUAAAGAGACGUGUCACAGGGGUAGACGAUGACGACCACAUCAAAUUGUCGCUCACUUAUCAUCGCAACACUGAUUUUGAUGUUCCGGAAACCGUGACCUGCCGAUUCACAGUGGAUCUCUCAAGUGAUACCCACCGCAAGAACGAGCUUGCCGAGUACACCGGUGAUGCUCAUGUUCUCGAUUUAGGUCUUGAAUGGCUGCGAGACUGCAGGGCAAACCAUAGGCAGUGCGGUAACUUUGGGAAAUUCUCAGAUUGGCGUCCCCCGCGGCUUGUAGAGAUCGACCCUCUGAGCCUUGGUGUUGGAUUCUGGAGAGCGGCCAAAGUCUCAGAUAUUGAUCUUGUUGAGCCGUAUGUUACACUCAGUCACCGAUGUGUCCUCGAAACACCCAAACUCGUCCAGGAUACACAGCGGGAGAUGGAAGCCGGCAUGCCAAUAUCAUCGUUGUCCAAGACUUACGUUGAUGCAAUGACGGUAGCAAGACACCUUGGCGUGCGGUACAUUUGGAUUGACUCCCUCUGUAUCUUUCAAGACGAGGGUAUAAACAUUCGUGAAGCGGCAAUGAAGGUGGCUGAGGUUUAUUCCAACGCCUUGCUGAAUAUUUCCGCCUUGACCGCCUCAUCUGAGGGCAUUUUCCGAAGGCGAUCAUCAUCCUUUACCCGCUCCUGUGCGGUGGAGCGCCCAGGUCGUGGCGACUAUCUGUAG